CUGGAAGGUGGCAGAAGGCUCUUCCCUCCCCUACCUGUCCCGGAACGACAGAGCCCACGAUUAAAGAAUGUCCCGGAUUCCUCUGGGUAAAGUCCUCCUGCGAAAUGUUAUUCGACACACAGAUGCACACAAUAAGGGUAUCUUCUGGGUGUACACCAUUGCCUGACAUGUUGGGAUGAGGCAAAAGAACUGGUGCUGAUUGUGAGUACAGUCAGGGCCCUUCGGACCCCAUUACCAGAUUCAGGAGGAAACAGAUAUGUGGAAGAUAAGAGAGCUGGAGAAACAGAUGGAAGAUGCUUAUCGGGGGACACAAAGGAGAAUAUUACCCAGGAGUUCAAGCCGAAUGCGAAGUGAUGGUUUCGAUGAAGAAAGUCAUCGAGUCUACUGGAGGACAAAGCAAGAAAUUCCUGGAACGUUUGAGGAUGAUUUGCUUAGGACUAGAUCCUGGAAUAAAAGACUAUAUAAUUAUGAGGCCAACAUGCCAGACAGAUGGGGUCACAGUGGAUAUAAAGAACUAUAUCCUGAGGAAUUUGACACAGACAGUGAUCAGCAAGAUGCUAUUAAUGGAAGAAAAACACCUCCCCAGGAAAAGUCAUCUACUCAUGAGUCCCAUAAACGUAAGAGAUCAAAGAAAUCCCACAAAAAAAAGCAGAAAAAACGAUCACACAAAAAACAAAAGAAAAGCAAAAAGGAAGCUACUGAUAGAGCUGCAGAUUCCUCAAGUGAGUGCUCAGGAGAAACUCAGGUUUCCAGUGAUAGGAAAGGGAAACAAUCACAUAAACGAAAGAAAAAGUCAAGAAAAAAGGCUCCCAAGAAACCGGUUUCUUUCUCAGAGUCAGAAAGUGAUUCUUCUCACCCAGAUAAUUCACCAUCUAGUAGUUCUGAGGAAAGUGAGGAAAAAGAAGCCAAGAAAACCAGAAGAAAAAAGGAUCAGAAAGGUCACAUCACCCCGACAAAGAGGAAGAGUGAGGUACAAGAGAGGACAAGCAAGCGGAAGAACUGGAAAGUGGCUACAGAUGAAAAGACAGAUGAGAGUUCUGAGGAAGAUUAAAUAGAGGGAGGCUUCACCUUCUAGGUUUCCCAGGUGACCCUUUAGACUUGAUGGAUGUGGCAGGGACCCUCUCUUGUUAAAACAAGUGGCCCAAGUGGUGGGAGCUGCCUUAUGCCAUCCAAAUCCUAACCGGUGGAUUUUCUCCUAUUUGAACCUGUUAAACUUGAUCCCCUUUUAUUGGUAAUGGGGAAGCUGUUAGUUUUUGUAAUGAAGGUUUCUUGAAGAGAUUAUUUUUUGCAAUUAGCCACACUGUCUCAUGCACACUAUUCCCCAAAUCAGAGGAAACAAGCCAGUAAUCUGUAAACCCCCACAAAAGUGCUGUUUGGGGAAAGCAGGUGUUAGGCCCAAGAGGACAAUGUAUAGAGAUGACUUUACUUUGUUGACUAGCCCCAUAUGCAAAUGGUAUGACCCCAAAGAACUGAAUAAGGAAAUUGUUGUGGGGCCUUAUUGUUUAUUCACUCCAGAUCACCUUCCUCUGACCUUCUUAUAGCAGGUGUCAUGCCUGGCUCUUCAUUCUCAGCCUUGGUGCCUUUGAUCCUUAAAUAUGUAUGUUUAGACCCCAAUUUGAUUUUAUAUAUUGAACUUUUAGUCCUGUUCUGGCUGGCCCAGUAUACUUGAGGAAAUGGACACAGGAACAAGCCUUUUUCCUUUGCAAUAAAAACUCCAGGCAGCUGUCACCAGAAGAGAGUGGGGCUUUCUUGGUACGUUUUCCCACAGGGUAGGGUCUGUAAAACUGCAUUCUUUAUAGCCCCUGAGCCUAAGACUGAAUCAGGUAGUAAAAGUCUCCCAGCUGUAUUGCUAAAUUUUGCCCGAGUUUAAUUUUAUGUGAAGGUGUUUUUUUUGUUCAUUGUUUUUAGGAUGGCCCCGUUUUGAAUGGGAUCAAAUUAGAAUCUGGUCAUGCUGUUCAGUUGUGGGCUCUGAACAGGAUUCAGGACACUGCUUACAGAUAUCAUUUAAAUAUUUUGUCUUCCCUUGUUUUUGCCUCCAAGUCUGUAAAUGAAUUCCAUAUUUCACCUCUAACUAGAAAGUCAGGUCAGCUCCAAAAUAAUGCAGGUCUCUCAGGGACGUAUUUUCCUUCUCCCAGCCUUCUGUGGGUUUCAAAAUAUACUGGUGCCCAGCAAUGAAAGGUAGGCUACUUCAUUUGGUUCAGUUGGGACCUGGAGGUAUUUCAAAUAAGGCCCCAAAGUUUCCUUGGGAGUAUGGUUAGGAACAGGGGUAGUGUGUUAUAUCCUUUCCAUCCCCCAAAUUCUGUGAUUUAAUGGAUGUAGCUAAACUGCCCCACUUAGAAGAGAACAAGUACUACCUACUUAAGGUAUUAUAUAGCUAUUCCUUGAUGGGCUAAGAACUAAAUUAGGCCUAAUCAUGGCUCUACUGUUAUUGAUUGAUUCUUUGUGAGGUCCUAAACAAGUCAUUUAACCUCUUGUGCCUCAUUUUUCCCAUCCCUAAAAUAGUAAUACUGACCUCAUUGGGAGUAUUGUAGGCAACAAGCAACAAAGUAAUGGGAGACACCUUAAAACUAUAGAAUAUAAUCGUAUGAAGUUUCCACAUAAUAUCCAAGAUUCUGUAGACAUGAGUUACUCCUAAAAGCCUCUGUACAAAAUAGGAUUCUAUAGUCUACAGAAUAUAGUCUAACCUUCAAAUACAUCUUUGGGCAAAAACCCUCCAUCCGCUGGUUAACCAGUAGGUGCUACCUUUUUUUUUGGACAUCUGUAUGACUUGCUAAUUCUUCUGGCUUUAUUUAUGUACUCUUGACCAACUAUCACUAAAUGCCAGUUCUUAUCAGUAAUUUUUGAAGGGAAGGAGUACUUGGUAGAGAUUUUAGAGGUAAGAGAGAUUCUAAAAUGACAAUCCCUUAUCUUAAAGCAACAGUAUUUUCUGUGGUCAUCUAGGCAAUAGGAUCCUAACUGGUAUUUUUCAGUCAUUUUUUCAACAUUUGUUUUUUGCACCAAGCUUACAUUAGGCACUUGAUGAGUUAGGAGAAUCUCCUUAACUUUGUACUUUCAUGUGAGCUGAGAACUUUUUCUCAUACUAGCAACUUUGCCUCCUUUUCUAGUUAAUGUGUCUGCUACAGCCAAGAUUUUUUUUUUUUUGGUCAUGUUUACUCUGAUUACUUGUAUGUAGGCAUAUGGGAGUUAAAGGGCUAUCUUUGCUCUCCACUGCCUUCUAAACUCCAAACUUUGCUUUCCUAAGGCCUUAUUUGGCUUCUAAAGUUCUUCCAGUCCCCGAGUGAAAGGCUCAGGUUGGCUUUUAAAUCCAAGAUCUCCCAUUUGCACUACCAGCAUUGGAAUCCAUUUUUUUCUUUGAUAAAUGUUUUAGGAUUUUCAACCAGUCAGGGAUCUCUUAAACCCUGAGGUAGAAUUUUUUUUUUAAAUAAAGCAAUUAAGACCAGGGUUGGGGGAGUAAUAUUUAUCAAAUAAAUGAUGUAAUACAAUCUGGAAUUACAAAAUUCCAAAUAAAGAAAUUUCACUUUUUGAA